GAGGGGGGGAAAGAGGUAUAAGAGGGAGCGCGGGCGGCGCUUUGUUCAUUGCUGCCCCGUGGGACCGGGUUGUGUGUUUUUGCGCCCUCAGGAGAAGGAAGUGGAAAGGGACAGAUAUCCAGAAUGGGAGUCGAAGGUGGCAUGAAGUGUGUCAAGUUCCUGGUUUUUUUCUUCAAUUUCAUCUUCUGGCUUUGUGGCAUUGCGCUGAUUGCCUUGGGGAUCUAUGUGCAGAUUGAGCUCAGGAAAACACUGGUGACAACCUCUGCCUCUGCUUCCGGGGCCCCGAUCGUCAUCCUGGUUGUGGGCAUCAUAGUUUUCUUCAUCUCCUUCUUUGGUUGCUGUGGAGCUAUGAAAGAGAACUACUGCAUGGUCACCACGUUUGCUGUCUUGCUGACGCUCAUCUUCCUGCUGGAGAUUGCCGCUGCCAUUGCUGGCUAUGUCUUCAAGGAUAAGGUCAGAGCAGUGCUUGAAACAGAAAUCAAGGAAGAAAUGCGGGUCUACGGAAAUGACACAGACGUUACCCACAUUCUGGAUGACUUGCAGGAAAAAUAUAACUGCUGUGGAGCCUUUAACUACACAGACUGGUUCGAUGUGCCCAGGUUUAAGUCCCAUUUGGUACCUCCGUCAUGCUGCAAUGCUGGCAUGAACUGCACCAACAACCCAACUCCAGAAAAUGUCCACAAUAAGGGUUGUGUAGAAAAAGUAGAGUUGUGGAUGAAGAAACACAUCAUAAUUGUGGCUGCAGUGGCGUUGGGCAUUGCUUUCUUUGAGCUCCUGGGCAUCAUAUUUGCCUGCUGCCUGAUGAAAGGAAUCCGCAGUGGCUACGAGGUUAUGUAGCCGCCUCUCUUCUUUUACACCUGAUUAUUGCAGCUGCAAUCACUCUGGACUCUGGAAUAUUUCUGUCUCCUUUUCUGGGGGUUCAACUGACCAUCCCAUGCCAUUGGAUCAGGGUUGGGUAGAUGUUUCCUCUUCUGUUGUCUUUCUUGAAAAUAUAUGCUGCCUUCAGAGGGUUCACAAGUUGCCUUAUCUCUCUUCCCUCGCCCUUAUAAUAAUGGGCCGAGUCCAUGGUUUCAUGCUCCAUAGCCCCAGUCCUCCUCGUCAUCCUUAAAACUCACGAUGCCUUUCUUGUGCGCCAUCUAGUGGGCAUCGUGUGAGAAGAAGCUGCUCUUGUAUUCCUGCAGAUUUUCCCUAAUGCCUUCGAUAAGUCUGAGCAACCAUCCUUGAAUUUUUCAUUU